AUGAAAAUGGCACGUAAGAAGAAUGUUAAACCUAAGAAAAGAGCUACAAUUGACAAACAACAACAACGAUCACAGCGACAGAAAAAAAAUCAAAGUAAAUCAAGUACGAAAAGGAAGGUUAGCUUUUCUAAUGCAAUUAAACGAAUAGGGAAGCAUGUGGUAGCUCAAAAACCUACUACCUUUGGAGAAGCAGUACUUGUAGCACUGAGGGAGGCACAAAAUUUGAAGAAAGGUGUAAGAAAGCCGCCAAAUCGUAUAGUGAAGAUACCGAAAAAAGGAGGUGUACUACCACUAAUCCCAAUUUUUGCUGGCUUAUCAGCCCUUGGAGCUUUGUCUGGCGGUGCUGCUGGUAUUGCGAAGGCUGUCAGUGAUGCAAACUCUGCGAAGCAGCAAUUACAAGAAUCUCAACGUCAUAAUAAAAUGAUGGAAGCUGUAGCACUUGGAAAGGGAAUGUUUUUGAGACCCUGUAAAACGGGAAUGCGUCUUUUCCUGCAACCAUACACUAACUGA